GUUUGGUAAAACCAACAUCACUUUUUGAUUUUAAUGAUGAUAUCACUGUAGUUCCUGUUAGGUCAGAUGGAUGUAAAGUUAGUCCGAAAGAUGCAGGAGUUAAUAAGGUUGAAGUUUAUUAA